AUGCACCCCCGACGCUAUCGCAGAAGCCAUCCGCUCGACAUAGAGUGGUUUAUGCAGCAGAUUGAAGAAGCCAAGAAGGAGAAGGUCGAGACAUACACCGCCUCAGCAGGCAACGAGGUGACUUCCUUCAUCUCCAUGACUCUCCUGGGCAUCUCCUCGGUGUAUGUCAAUCACGAAGAGAAGCUGAAGAUGAAAUUCGAAGACGAGAUAGCGAGUGCUGAGGAGAUCCCGGUGACUGUUUCCUUCCUCCGCAAUGAACAAGCGGAGAAGCUCUGGCAGGGAAGAGAGGACUUCGAGCGAGACGAUAAGAGUCUGCGAAAAUACUUGAGACGCGAAGAUCGAUAG